AUGGACGAUGCACAUGAAAUCGACAGCUACGCAACAGAUCACCAUCAGUGCUUGAGCAGUUAUGACGCCGCAUGGCAAGAUCUGGAAUGCAGCUUGUUGUCCAAUUGCAGAUCAGUGUCCCGGUCCCUCGUGUCGACGGAGCGAAGCUCCGUCAUUGACCGUGUGACGACUCUCUGGUCCAAGUAUGCCGUGGCGCUCAACGACAUCGAGCAUAUUCAUAUCGAAACACAUAAGAUCGUUCGAUGCGACGAUGCACCAGGUCGAUCCACGGUUGUGUACUCGCUCGACGUGUACCUGACAGGGUCGGACAUUGGACUUCAAAACUGGCUCAAUCGACUUCUCUUUGUGACGCGACACCUCAUGGCUCGAGGGUCGGCGUCGGUCCGAUGCGACGGCUUCAGCUCCAUCAUGUACACAUUGAAGGACUUCCUGCUCGGGAUCAACACACGGCAGUCGAUUCAACUAUCACGAUAA